AUGUCACUAAUAAUGACUAAAGCUGCACUUGCAAUGAAGAAUCCGGAGGUUAACUUUAAAGUAGUAAAGUUUGAAGCUCACAAGCCUAAAAAGAAAAAGGUUGCUGAUAAUAGUGAUAAUAAUGAUAUAAAACCUGGAAGCCAGCAGUCUAGCAAAGAUUUAGAUCUAAAGAAGAUUCGCCAUGAAGUUGUUAAGUUUGGAAUGUCAGGUUUUGACCCUACGAAGAAAGAAGAAGCCAGGAUAGCACUUGCAGUUAGUCUAGGUGCCAAACCUCCCAAAAAGGAGUAUGUAAACUAUAAAGAGCUUAUGGAAAAGAGGAAACAAGAGAAGAAAAAAGAGUUAGAAGAUAAACAGCAGAUGAGAUCUAAGAGUAUAUUACAAACUGGAGGCAAGAAGAAAAAGAAGGGUAACAAUGAUGUCGGGCAUUUACUUAGCAGUUAUGGAAAGAAUCCAUGCCAUGAACUAAAUAGCAGCCUCAUAAUGAUGCUAGUAUUUGGAGUUUUAUUCACUAUUGUGACUGGCUACUGGUCUAUGUCUAUACUCUAUGACUGUUUCAUGUAA